AUGCCCCCUCAGGGUAUGCCCCCACCAGGGUAUGCCCCCAUCAGGGUAUCUCCCAAUCAGGGUAUGCCCCCGUUAGGGUAUGCCCAAUCAGGGUAUGCCCCAUCAGAGAAUGCCCCCAUCAGGGUAUGGCUCCAUCACGGUAUGCCCCCAUCAGGGUAUAUCCCCAUCAGGGUAUGCCUCAUCCAUCAGGACAUGCCCUCAUCAGGGUAUGCCUGCACCAGGGUAUGCCUACAUCAGGGUAUGCCCCCAUCUGAGUAUGCCCCAUCAGGGGUAUGCCUCCAUCACGGUAUGCCCCCAUCAGGGUAUAUCCCCAUCAGGGCAUGCCCCCAUCAGGGUAUGCCCCGACCAGGGUAUGCCUACAUCAGGGCAUGCCCCAUAAGGGUAUGCCCUCAUCAGUGUAUGCCCCCAUUAGGGUAUGCCCCAUCAGGGUAUGCCUCCAUCAGAGCAUGCCCUUAUCAGGGUAUGCCCCAAUCAGGGUAUGCCCAAUCAGUGUAUGCCCCCAUCAGGGUAUGUCCCCAUCAGGGUAUGCCUCCAUCAGGGUAUGCCUCCAUCGGGGUAUGCCCUCAUCAGGGUAUGCCUCCAUCAGGGUUGGACCCUAUAAGGGUAUGUCCCCAACAGGCAGACAACGAUGACGACAAGAAGGAUGACGGUGACGGCAAACGACGACGGAAACAGCGGCGUAACCGCACAACGUUCAACAGCACCCAGCUAGCGGCGCUCGAGCGAGUGUUUGAGAGGACACACUACCCAGAUGCCUUCGUUCGAGAGGAGCUGGCCAGGCGGGUAAACUUGAGCGAAGCAAGAGUUCAAGUGUGGUUUCAGAAUCGACGAGCCAAGUUUAGAAGAAACGAACGCAAUUUGAUGGCUCAGAGACAAAGCAUAUAUGGCCGAAGUCCUGAAAACACUCCCAUAGAACAACCCAUCACCCCGCGGCCGUCCCCCAUGAACUCCGAUUACCUGUCUUGGUCAACACCACCUAGUUACAGCCCAGUUACCACCUCCUCAAGUUGUGCACUGGCAAAUCACUCUUACUCACCACCGCCCAACGUGGGGUCCAGUAUAGCCUGUUUACGUCUCAAAGCACAGGAAUACAACACCAUGCAUCACUCUCCCUACGGGCACCAGAUGUCGCAGUGAGACAGGUGCCCCUCGUAAUCUAAUACACUUUGGACAUGUCAUCACUUCAUACGCACAUUGAAAAUGGCGGAACAGUGAGUUGCUCAACACGGGAGAGUUGUGAGAUCCUACUACAGGCAGGCCACACGACUAUUGGUGCUAUUCGAUUUGUGAAAACUGUGUAUUUGCUUGUGACUUUUGUUAUCACAGGCCUCACUCUUGUGGUAGCUCGAAAAUCACAUGUUGAAUAUUUUUGUUAAUGGUGCUAUCUAGAACGUUGUCGCCUCACAGAAACUAUCUGAGCUAUGUCAUCCAGGUUCCAGCACCAGGUGCUAGGAAGGAUCUUGUAGAUAUUGUCACUUCACGUCGCUGUAUGUGUUCUACACAUCCAUCAUCCGUCCACACUUGCCUUCAUGCUGGGUACACCCGAACCCCUGGACUGUCCAUACAUACAUGUCCACGCCAGGCAGCUAUCAGAUAUCGGUGCCUUACCUUGCUGGUGCGUCACAGGUGCUCUAUACAGACUCUAGGAACUGAGUAUACAUCCUUGUAGGAAGCCUGGAGUGUGCAUCCCUGGAGGAAAACCUGCUGGACAUGCAGCAUCAGCCGUCCUCUAUCAAUGGUCCAUCAAUGGAUCUUAUUAACAUGUUCAUGAUGAUGCCCCGUGUGUGUUCAUAUAUUGAAUAUAUGUCAUGCCAGUUUAUGCCAUCCAAGUCAACCAGCUUCAUGUUGAUUAUAUACUAUUGUCAUCUUUAUGCAUGAAUAUUUAAAUGUUUGUUCUGAUUGUAUUUCGAGAGAUGUUAUUUUUCCACAGAUUAUGGCCUUUCAGCCAGGAGGUCUACAGCCUCCAAGACGAAAGCCUGAAAUAUAGACGAAAGAGGCAUUUCGUAGUUAUCCUCGCUAUUUCAAUCUUAAAAUGUCUUUUGCAACCCUUGGCUAUGAUAAUAGCCCAUGUAGAUGGUUCCGUGAAUGUGUCCAAGGGAUGGGACUGUGGGUAGUGGGCUGCAACAUCGUAAUACGUUUACAUUGACACAAAGCUCUUCUGUAUCGCAAACUGCCUGAAACGACAACUUGACGACCGAUAUCUCACGUGGAUACUCUUCGUAAGGGGUGAUGUCUGAUCACACGUUUGUUUAUUUUAGUUUGUUGUUGACAGGCCAAGAGAAGAUGAUUAGGCAUUUUAGUGUCGAAUCAAAAACUGAUGUUCAUCUGGGCUCGUUUCUCACAUUUAUAGGAUGUGUUGGCAUAAUUAACAUCUAUGUUAGUUCGUCAGAGGAAUUAAAAGGGAUCAGAAUUUCCUUCUGUCCUCGAUUAACUAGAGUUAACAAAGACAAGCCAGCUAGUCUUGGAAAUUACUUGCUUCCUUGUUUCGUCGAUUGGCUUUGUCAUUAGAUGUCCCGUAGACUAAUGCUUAGUGCCUGAACAUAAAAUUUAAUGAUUUUUAUAGUAACCAAUGAAAAACCAUUUAAACUGAAAAGGAGCCCUUGUGAGAUGGGAGAUUCAGGGGGAAAUCUAGAUUGCUUCAUUCAGGGCUUUAGCAUUGCAGGGAGGGCUAGGCAGUAGCGAAAAUAAUGUGGUUCAGGCACUGUGAGACAGACUAGAGGUCCUGAUAUUAUCGUAUUUAUAACAAUGAAGUAUUUCAGUACUAGUCGGAUCUCCUGGUCAGAACGUACUUAGAGAAAAUCAGCAAAAGAGAAAAACAGCAAGAGCGUAGUUUUCUUUCAAUUAUCAAUCAACAUGUUACACGAUUUUCAUGUCGCCACGUCGACGACAAUUGAUUUUCUACGAAGAACUAGAUGUUUAUUUUUUGUCCACACACACGUCGUGAACAGUAUAUAUCCUGGCUUCCCCUGCGUUGUCCACAUCACCAGCACUGUCACUCACCUGUUGUUGAUAAGACAUGCAUAUGUUAUUCCACCAGUUACUGACCCAUUGUGUAGGUAGGAUACAAAGAACGAUAUAAAUAUAAUGUUUUCUACUCGACGCUACAUGGCAGUGUUUCUAUGGUUUUAGGAUUCAGAAUAAACUGCAUCUGUACUUAUCUUUUUUGUAUAUACACCACAGGCAAUCUAGUGCAAAUGAUAAUAUAUACUUAUUUCAAACAUCCUACUUGACUGUCUCGUCCACCUCCAAGGAUGACGAGGUCUACAACUGCUUCAACCAGUUAGGACGGUCAGUGUCUUGGUGUAUGGUGUUUUCCCCGGCUGCGGCUGCUGCUGCUGCUGCUGUUGCUGCUGCUGCAUCAGGGUGAUGAUGCUUCUCAUCUUCCCACAGGAGCUAGCUCGUACACAGGUGCACAUAGAUUCAGUCCAUUGGUAUGUACAUGUAUGUUUCUGGAGAAACGUGAUUCACAAAUAAACUAUCUCAAAUCCC